GAUGAGUGCUGAUUAUUAUGUGUCCCGAUACAGGAGGGAUGGUAGCACGGGUGAAGAGGAGGCGUGAUCGAUCGAUGUCUGCUCGGCUCUUUUCACACAAUUCUUCGCUACUUUUGUUGCGAUAUGUCGGUUCUCUAUCUUGCACGGCAUAGCGAUAUUUUCUCGAUAGGGAGAUGGUUCUGGCCUUCUUUCUCGAUUUGCACGAUUGGAGUUUCGGAUUUAUAUUUUUCGCUUUCUAUUUAUGUACGGUACGGGGUUUGUCGGGUUGGUAUGAUUCUGCACGCUGUUUAUAAUUACAAAGGGGGAUGUCUACUGGAUACCCGGACAAUAGAUCAAGAUCAACGCUGCCUUGACGGCAUCACUUCGUUGCUUAAUGACUAGACUAGCUUCAAGGCCAUAAAUCGUCGCGCAAAUUGCCAUAUAAAUAUCGGCUCAAGAUAUCAUGAAAAGA